CGUGUUUAUCAUCGGGCGUGGGAGGGACCGGCUGCGACCUCGUGAGGUGAAGUUGAAAAAAAAAAAAAAAUUCCACGCGUGACGUCACGAGUCUGGCUGCUUCCCCGCGAGCGUGGAAGAAGGCGCAGCGACUUUCGCCGCUCAACAAGUUGUUUGGUUUUGUCAGACACCUUUUUUUGGAGACAAAAGAAGGAGGCACCUUCCUCCUCAUCAUCAUCAUCCUCCUCAUCGUCGUUACACGACAGGUGGACAUAAUGUCACGGAGGGUCCACGCGAGUGGGAACACGCGUGUGAUGAUGAGGGACGCGAGAAGGUCUGCAGCUUCCCAGCACCGGUACCACUGAUCCGGUUUGAGGAAGAGGUCCGGUCCGGGUGAGCGCCGCUUGAGACGCGCCAUCAUCAUCAUCAUCAUCAUCAUCAUCAUCACGCUCCUUUCACCCACCCGUGGAUGUCAUCAUGCCUCCUUUAAGGUGGCUCGUUGUUGCUUUUUGCGCCGCGCCUGGCAGAGUGGGCGCCUAAUUUAGCGCGCCCUUCGUGUCCACCAACGACCCCUGACAGCGGAUCAGACGUCCUUGUCGUCCGCCUUCAUCACCCUCCGGACGGCGUGAGCGUUACCGGGUCACCCCGUCAUCGUCAUCAUCAUCAUCGCCGUCGUCUUCCGGCAUUGAUUUUAGGAACGGGGAAUCCGGUGCCAGCGUGACCGGCGUCGGAGCGAUGAGGGCGGCCGUGGAGAGGGGAGGGAGGGCCUCUGGAGGAGCUUUCAAGGACGAGCAAUGAUAGGCAAACAUCUGGAAGGACAAACGUCACACGUCGUUUCAAUGGAGCCUUUUCAUAUUCCCCACGGCCACUGAGGGCUGGGGAGCGGGGAGGGGAGUGUCCACGUUUGGGGGUCCUCUGUGACCCCAUCACUUUUCUCAAUGUCAUAUUUAUCCCAUUGAUUAUUAUCUCCUACGGCUUUUGGUUAGAUUUGUCCUCCUCGCUGAGGAUGGACGGGUUGGUCGGAGGGGUCGCCGCCCCCAGCAGCGCAGCCGGGUCUGGGGGCGACAGCCUCCCCAGACGUAAUGGAGGGGACUCAAAGAGGCGCAGUAAGGGCAGCCUGCCCUCCCCGGGUUACAGACUCUCCCAAGCGUCGCUGGAGGGAGAAAAGGCUUCUUUUGGGGGGGAUUCAGCCUUGGGGGGCCGCGUCCGCCGACUCUCCAUCAUGAGCUCCUCCGCCAGGGAUGGCCUUCCCUUUCGCACGGCGGGCACCCCGACCACCCCCGUGCCUCUGCCGCCCCCGCCGCCGCCCUCCUCCUCCUCUGCCGCCGCCGCCCACCCUCCGCCUCGCUCGGUGGGCUUCGCCACAUCCCGCGCCGCCCUGGCAUCCACCUCCUCCUCCACCGGCACCGGCGUGAUGGUGGUGGCUACCGGCCCGGAGACCACCACCACCACGGCUUGCAACACCAUGGCGGUGGGGACACCUGAGACGGUUGGUCCGUCAGCGCUGGGCGGGUUCGGCAUGGGGCUGGACGGGGAGGACUACAGCAACUCCAACCAGAGCACCUUCAUCCAGAGACAGUUUGGAGCCAUGCUGCAGCCCGGAGUCAACAAGUUCAGCCUGCGGAUGUUCGGAUCCCACAAAGCCGUGGCUUUGGAGCAGGAACGACUCAAAUCAGCCGGCGCCUGGAUCAUACACCCCUACAGCGACUUCAGGUUCUACUGGGACCUGCUGAUGUUGCUGCUGAUGAUGGGCAACCUCAUCAUCCUCCCGGUGGGCAUCACCUUCUUCCGAGACGAGAACACGGCGUCGUGGAUCAUCUUCAACGUGGUCUCCGAUACGCUCUUCAUGGUGGAUCUGGUGCUCAACUUCCGCACCGGCAUCGUGAAGGAGGACAGCACGGAGAUACUGCUGGACCCCAGGGCCAUCCGCCAGAACUACCUGAAGAGCUGGUUCCUCGUGGACUUUGUGUCGUCCAUCCCGGUGGACUACAUCUUCCUGAUGGUGGACAGUCUGGACUCUGAGGUGUACCGCACGGCCAGGGCGCUGCGCAUCGUCCGCUUCACCAAAAUCCUCAGCCUGCUGCGACUGCUCCGCCUCUCCAGACUCAUCCGAUACAUCCACCAGUGGGAGGAGAUCUUCCACAUGACCUACGACCUUGCCAGCGCCAUGGUGAGGAUCGUCAACCUGAUCGGCAUGAUGCUGCUGCUGUGCCACUGGGACGGGUGCCUGCAGUUCCUGGUCCCCAUGCUGCAGGACUUCCCUCCGGACUGCUGGGUGUCCAAGAACCUGAUGGUGAACGACACGUGGGGCGUGCAGUACUCGUACGCGCUCUUCAAGGCCAUGAGCCACAUGUUGUGCAUCGGCUACGGCGCCCAGGCCCCGGAGGGCAUGACGGACGUGUGGCUCACCAUGCUCAGCAUGAUCGUGGGCGCCACCUGCUACGCCAUGUUCAUCGGCCACGCCACCGCCCUCAUUCAGUCGCUGGACUCGUCUCGGCGGCAGUACCAGGAGAAGUACAAGCAGGUGGAACAGUACAUGUCCUUCCACAAACUUCCUGCCGACGUGCGGCAAAAGAUCCACGAGUACUACGAGCACCGCUUCCAGGGCAAAAUGUUCGACGAGGAGAACAUCCUGGGGGAGCUGAGCGAGCCCCUCAAAGAGGAGAUCGUGAGCUUCAACUGCCGCAGCCUGGUGGCCAACAUGCCGCUGUUCGCCAACGCCGACCCCAACUUUGUGACCGCCGUGCUCACCAAGCUGCGUUUCGAGGUCUUCCAGCCGGCCGACUUCAUUAUCAGGGAGGGGACGGUGGGCAGGAAGAUGUACUUCAUCCAACACGGGCGGGUCAGCGUCCUCACCAGGGGCAACAAGGAAACCAAACUCAGCGACGGCUCUUAUUUUGGAGGUGACAGGAAGACUUUUUCAGGAUUUUAUUCUUCCACGCUCGUUUCCACCAUCUUUCUUGCUUUCCCAGAAAUCUGUUUGCUGACUCGAGGGCGCCGGACGGCGAGCGUGCGUGCCGACACGUACUGCCGUCUGUACUCUCUGAGUGUGGACAGCUUCAACGAGGUGCUGGAGGAGCACCCCAUGAUGCGGCGGGCCUUCGAGACCGUCGCCGUGGACCGCUUGGACCGUAUAGGAAGGAAAAACUCCAUGCUACUGAGGAAGUCAUCUCAAGGUGGUUCGCUAGGGGGCAGCACGGGCCGCGGCGGGGGCCGGGGCGGAGGGGGCCCGGGGGCGGGCCUGGCGGCAGGCGGCCUGGGCUCCUGCGACAGCAUCCUGGUGCAGCAGAUAGUUAAACACGACAGCAUGCCGGCCAUGCAGGACGCCAUCGCGGCGGCCGCGGCAGGGAGAAGCGGCGUCAUGGCGGGAAGCGGCACCAUGUCCCCCAGGCCGCGCCCCAUCAUCUGGGCGCCCCUGGUUCAUGCCCCCUUGCAGACGGCGGCCGCCACCAGCAACGUGGCCAUCGCCCUCAUGCACCAGCAGCAGCAGCAGCUGCAGCAGCUGCAGCAGCAGCAGCAUGCGCUGGGGGGCGCGUUCUUCCUGCCCUCCCCUCUUAUAUCGCCGUCGCCCUCCUCCUCCUUCCCGCUCUCGCCUCCCCGUGCGCCCGUCUUGCAACCGCUACGCCCCUCGGUCAGCUCCCUCAUCGGGAUGAUGGCGAUGAGCGGGAUGGGAGGGUUAUCUCCGAGAGGAUUCCCCGCCUCCCCGUCCAUGAUGGGCCCACCCGGCGGGUUGGCGUCCCCGCCGGUGGCCAAAACUCCGCCCACUUCGGCGUCCUCCGUGCCGACGUCUGCCCAACAAGGAAGGACUCUUCACUACAACCUGCGCCUCCAGGCGGAUCAUCUUCCAGCAGGGGGUGGAUCUGUUGCAAACCCGCCAGGAGGGGGAGGAGCAUCAACUCCACCGUUAAACAAGAUACAGACCCCCAACCCCUCUGCCACCCCCGGUGGCCCCUUAGAUAACAGCGCCCCCGUGAGCAGCCAGCAGGGGGCAAAGGAAGCUCUUCUGCGGCAUGGUGGCAACAGCUGCCAGGGUCUCCCCGCCCUGGGCAGGCUCACCCAGGAGGCCAGGCUGCUGUCGGCGUCGCAGCCCACUUUGCCUCACCGCUCCUGGGCUGGAGUGCAACCUCACCCCCCUCUCCACCGGAAGGCGUCUGGAGGGAAUUUACUGGCAGCUCCUUUCCUGGCGGGGCAGUUGGCCCGAGGCGGCAGUGCGGGAAUACUGACCUCCAAUCCUGCGGUGCCGCCCGCGGGAAAUAUGACGCAACUGCAACAACAAGCCCCGCCUUCUAUUCAGCCCGCUAUGUACAUGCCUUCUGCCCCGGGCACCCCGCCAUCUCCAACCCUGAUGAUCUCACAGACCCCCCGACCGAAGCCAGCUCCCGCCGGACCGUCUCGCUCCUCCUCGCCGCCUCCUUGCUCCACUCCUCCCUCGACGGGAACAACCCCACUGCUGUUCUCUAUGUCCCGCCCCAAACCCAUGGCAACGCCUUCCCCUCGCUCUUCGUCCCCCUCGCCGUCCUCCACUCCUCCCCCGUCCUGCGUCUCAACCCCCGUUCCACUACCUCAAACGUUUGGAGCCAAGUCUUCUCUGAGCUCCUCGCCUCCGUCUCCGGCGGUCACCUCCUCCGUACCCCCGCAAAGCGCACGAGUCAAGGCUUCCAGCACGCCGCCCACUGCGUCACCCUUGUCGGGCCCCAGCCCUGCACCGACCCCAAUCCCGUCCCCGACCAUGACACCCAGACAAACGCAGACACUUGCGCCGCCUUCUCCGCCAACGUCCAACCCGUCCCUCAGCAAAUCCCCGAGUCCAACCUCUUGUCUUCAGCCAUCUGUCUUUGGUGCUGCCAGGACGCCCACCCCAAGCCAGAUCCCCAAACCGUCCCUGGCCCCUCCCCCUGCGAGCAGCAACUCCCCCACCAAAGUCAGGUUCACCGUCCAUCCUGUGAAGCAAACCCUGACCCCCAGCGCCACGUCCGCCUUGAGCCGUCCCCCAAAGUCAGCCCCGAGCUCCACCAAGACCACCGCAUCUCCGAGUGACUCCGCUGCUGCAUCCGCCCACCUCCCGAAACCAACCCCGACCGCCGCCCCCACCCAUUCCUCCAAACUCAGUGCGCCUUCCUCGUCGGCAUCCGCCGUCGCAGCCGCACAAUCGACACACGCCGCCGCCCCGGCUACCAACACCUCCCCGAAGGGCGGCAAAAAGGACCCCCAGCUGUCACUGGCCAGAAAAGACUCGGAGGGGCUGAGACACAAACUCCCUGCUAACAUGUAGACACGGAAAAGAAGAGGAGAGGCAAGGAAGUGGUUUGUACUGACCAACCAGCCAGGCUACAAAAACAUCUUCUGUGGACAACUUGGUGUUUACAUUCACGCUAGGACGUCAUCGUGGUAGAACGUCGUCUUCAUGUCACUCAACAUGCGUCGACAUGCGUGUCGGUGGUGGUUGGAGCAAGCAGGGACGGGAGUGCCGAGGCAGAAAGCCAACGAAAAAGAAGAAAAGCUUACUUCCACAUUCCGAGGUUGAUUAACAGAGCAAUACCUGUGACACGUCUCUGUGCUGCGUUCAAGUGCUUCACACUAAUUUUAGAAACAUGGCAACUUUAUUUACAAGGACAGAGACGGUGGAGGUCAGACUCACAUGCCCAGACACCCAAGACCACUUCAAUCAGCAACUCAUAAUUAUAAGUAUACAUCCGCUUAUGCUGGAGCCUAUCCCAGCCCAAAGACUUGUACUUGAACGGGUUCCCCUGUGGAUGUUUUUUUUUGGGUUGCUUAUUUUUUUUUGCUGCUGUAAAUAAACGUGCCUCCGCUUCCUCAGCGCCCCCCCCCCCCCCCCAUCACCUGUCCAUCCCGCCCCCUUUCAUGUGAUUUUAGCUAACGCUCGGCCCUUCCCCUGCCCAACACCGUGGCUUGGUUCCCGCCCAUGUUUGAUGUUCUGUGUGGGUAGCAACAAGGAUACCAUGAUGCCUAGAUGAUAUAAAUAUAUAUACGCUAUAUAUUUAAGGACCAAAUCUUUGAUUUUAUAUCUAGCACAGCUUUAGCUUUUCACUGGAGGAUGGCGGAGGCCAUGAUGUUGUACGUGUGGAUAUGACAA